AAAGAAGAGUUUGCCAAUACUUUCCUUGUUGGAUUGAGUGUAAAAGACAGUUUCAGCUGCCUGGGUUGCAGUCUGGUGAGAGAAAUCAUGGAGAGGGCUUUGGUGCAAAUCGCCCUCUUUGGGCUGCUGCUGACUUUGGUUACCACACUACCAAACAAGGACGACUGGGACAUCUACAGCUUUCAUGUCAACUCCACAGUGACCAGUCGUUAUGCCACCACUGUCAUCACAAGCCGUGUGGCCAAUCGUAUGGACGAGUCAAAGGAAAUAGAAUUCCACGUCCGGAUUCCCAAGAACGCCUUCAUCAGUAAAUUCAAAAUGCUUAUAGAUGGCCAGGAGUACGAUGGGGUUGUGAAAGCUAAGGAGCAAGCUCAGCAGCAGUACACUGAGGCUGUGUCCCGUGGUCAAAGCGCUGGACUUGUCAGUUCUGUAGGGAGGACCCUUGAGGAAUUUAAGACCUCCGUGACUGUGGCUGCUCACAAAAAGGUCACCUUUGAACUCACAUAUGAGGAACUGCUGAAACGCAAGCUCGGCAAGUACGAACUACAAAUCCACGCUCGACCCAUGCAGCCUGUCAAAGACUUCAAGGUUGAUGUGUACAUUCAUGAGAAAGCCAGCAUCGAUUUCAUCGAGGUUAAAGGAGGACUAAGCACCAAAGCCCUCGCUAAUGCCAUCACCAAAACACAUGCAGACAAACAGGCAUGGGUGCAUUUCUAUCCGACAGAGGACCAACAGAAAACAUGUGACAGCUGUGGAGAUCAGGGUAUGAAUGGAGAUCUGGUUAUUGUUUAUGAUGUCAACAGGGACACCUCACUUGGAGACAUUAAGAGAUCAGCUGGGUACUUUGUUCAUCACUUUGCUCCAUCUAGUCUUCCCCGCAUACCAAAAAAUGUUGUUUUUGUUAUUGAUCAAAGUGGCUCCAUGUACGGCAGAAAAAUACAACAGACCCGAAUAGCUUUAAUCCAUAUCUUGAAUGACCUUGCAGAAGAUGACUUCUUCGGUCUCUUCACUUUUGAUAGCAGCAUUUUUCACUGGAAACGAGAACUUGUUCAGGCCAACAAAGAAAACCUGGACAGUGCUAAGAAAUUUGCACAGGAUAUUGAAACUAGAGGAGCCACCAACAUUAACAGAGCAGUGUUGGAAGGAGCACGUAUGCUGAAUGCACAUCCCAGAGAAGGUUCAGCAUCUAUCCUUAUACUACUCACCGACGGAGACCCAACCACAGGGGUGACAAAUCUUGAAACAAUACAGUCAAAUGUAAGAGGGGUUAUUGCUGACAAAUUCCCUCUCUACUGUCUUGGUUUUGGUUUUGAUGUCAAUUUUGAGUUCCUUGAGAAGAUGUCGCUGCAGAACAAUGGUGCAGCCCGACGGAUUUAUGAAGACUCUGAUGCUGAUUUACAGCUGAAGGGUUUCUAUGAAGAGGUGGCCACUCCCCUGUUAACAGAUGUGACAAUGAUCUAUGCUGGUGCGCACAAUCUAACCCAGACUAACUUCAGCCAGUAUUAUAAUGGCUCUGAGAUUGUGGUGGCCGGUCAGAUCACUGACAAUGACAUCGAAACUUUCAGUCCACAAGUUGUGGCCAUUUCGAGGAAUACAAGCAUGGCGUUUUCUGACACAAACACUGGGGAGUCAACUGGAACAGUUUCUGACAGCCACAUCCAGAGGGUUUGGGCCUACCUCACAGUCAAACAGCUUCUAGAGAAAGAGCUGCAGUUAUCUGGACCUGAGAAGCAGAAUGUGAAGAAAGAGGCCUUGGAGCUGUCGCUGAAGUACAACUUUGUGACCCCACUGACAUCCAUGGUGGUCACCAAGCCUCUGGGGGAGAACACGGAUGUGCUUCAUAAACCCAAAGAAGGUGCAACACCAUGGGCACAGCAACAUCCUGUUAGAACUGGUCAGCGGAGGUUAAGGCUAAAAGCUGGUUCCAUGGGCUACAGAGGCACUGGCAGAAGUGGAAUCACUGGAGCGGGAAAGGCUUAUCUCGUUCCUCCAAUGUUAGAUGUAUCGCGAAUGUAUCCUGCAGCGGGAAAGGCUUAUCUCGUUCCUCCAGCGUUAGAUGUAUCGCAAAUGUAUCCUGCAGCUGCUCUUCCAGACAUCAAUAUAUAUAGUGUUCCUGAAGAGAUUGCUGUGGCUCCAACCAUUGUGCCAGAAAGAGCAACUAAUGUUCCUCUUAUCCACAGGUUUUUGCUAAAAACUGAGACUCAGUCUCUUCCAUUAUGCUUUGAUGUCACUGGAGAUGUCCGCCUUAAACUUCUCCACCAUCCCAACAGGGAGCUGUCUGUGAAUGGUGAGCUUGAUUCAGUAGUACAUGGAGGCUUCAAAAGGAUUGUCAUCCACUUCAAAACUGACCUGCAUGUUGAGGUUGACACCCAGAGAAUCACUGUACGAGAGGGACAAGCAGUGACACAGCACACGGGACAGGAUCUCAUCACAGUUGGAAGUUUGACAGUGAUUAUGCGGGACAAGGAAAUAGAUGUUGCAGCUGGAGACACACACAUGGUCAUCUUAAUUCAUAAGCGAGGUGACAAAGAAUUCAUCUGGCCUGUUUUAAGACAGCAGCCAUCGGACAACAACGUUUCAGGAAUUUUAGCUUUAAAGACAGCAGUUUAUGAGGAGAUGCAGCAAACUCCUUCAACAAAACUCAAGAUCAAAGACCAGGAGAUUGAUGCUACCAGAUCCAUUGCUGUUGACUACAGUAUUGUCUCUGCCCUGACACUGGACUGCUGGCUCAUGUCUGCUGAAUCUGCCCUGCAGAGACGCCUGGAUGAUUUCAUUGUUACACAACUUUAACUGGAAAACAUGUUGAAUCAAUUGCAAAUAAUAUUCUUUGAUCGCUUUAAUGCUUGCAAUGAAAGUUUGGUAUGCGAUUACGUUUGCGUGUUGUAUCACCUGUUUUCCCCACCAUUUCCUGGACUCGUCAGACUGGUACUUUUUCACAAAGGCUGUACAUACUUGAAACAGAAAUAAUAAAUACAUUUUUGCUUGACACCAUA